UAACGUUAGUUCCUACUUUGCUCCCAGCAACGACUCGCUCCUCUGUCUUCUACCCACCUUCUUCAGAUCCUGUGCGGCAGACCAUCUUCUUCUAGUGGCUUUGUGUGAGCUAAUGUCAACCUGAGCCAUUCCAGCGAUCGCUUUGCCUGUGCUGGCCAAGCUAAACGCGUUAGCUAGGUUAGCUACUCGGCUAACCAGCUCUGGCUGCCUCUACGACCAGCGAAGCCAGUUAGCUCAGCCUGCUAGCUAGCUAGCUUUGCUAAACCCCCCACCACCACCACCUCCUCCUCCUUAACAAACUUGACACUGACUGACACAAGUGGCUCUGGCUUGUUGCUGACAAGCCAUUUCACUAAUACUCGUGUCGUAGCCAUGUCUGGACAGUCGUCCGGCUGUGGGUUUCUCAUGUCGGUUGUUGUCCACGGAGACGCAGCUCUGAACGAGCAGGAAAAGGAGCUCAACCAGCGACUCCGACGGCUCUAUCCAGCCGUUAAUGAAAACGAGACUCCGCUUCCUCGGUCCUGGAGCCCGAAGGACAAGUUUAGCUACAUCGGGCUCUCUCAGAACAAUCUCCGCGUACACUAUAAAGGUCAUGGCAAAACCCCUAAAGAUGCAGCAUCUGUACGGGCCACCCACCCCAUCCCAGCUGCCUGCGGGGUCUACUACUUUGAGGUGAAGAUCAUCAGUAAAGGCCGAGAUGGGUACAUGGGCAUUGGCCUCUCAGCUCAGGGUGUAAACAUGAACAGACUCCCUGGUUGGGAUAAGCACUCAUAUGGUUACCACGGAGACGACGGCCACUCCUUUUGCUCGUCCGGCACUGGGCAACCCUACGGACCCACGUUUACAACAGGCGACGUGAUUGGCUGCUGCGUUAACCUCAUCAACAACACCUGCUUCUACACAAAGAAUGGCCACAGCCUAGGUAUUGCCUUCACAGACCUACCACCCAACUUGUACCCGACCGUGGGCCUUCAGACUCCAGGGGAAGUAGUGGACGCAAACUUCGGCCAGCACCCCUUUGUGUUUGACAUUGAGGACUACAUGCGAGAGUGGAGGACAAAGAUCCAGGCCCAGAUCGACCGCUUCCCCAUCGGAGAACGCGAGGGCGAGUGGCAGUCUAUGAUCCAGAAAAUGGUGGCUUCCUACCUGGUGCACCACAGCUAUUGUGCCACGGCUGAAGCCUUUGCCAAAUCCACCGACCAGGCCGUACACGAGGAGCUGGCCUCCAUCAAAAACCGACAGAAGAUCCAGAAGCUGGUGUUGUCAGGUAGAAUGGGCGAGGCCAUCGAGACCACCCAGCAACUCUACCCCAACCUCCUGGAGAGGAACCCAGACCUUCUCUUCAUGCUCAAGGUGAGACAGUUCAUAGAGAUGGUGAAUGGGACAGACAGUGAGGUGAGGUGUCUGGGAGGUCGCAGCCCAAAGUCUCAGGACAUUUACCCCGGCUCCCCCCGGCCCUUCAGCAGCCCCAGCCACAAAGCCAGCAGCUCCCAGCCCUACCUCACAGGGUUUGACAGCAACUGCUGUAAUGGUGUGACGUCUAAUAAGAGCCACAGCUCCUCUCCUCACAGUCACAAGCCCUGCCCCCCAGGCUCUGGCUCCACCCUCCCAGCAUCUGACAUCAGCAUCAAUGGGAGCCGCAGUCAACAGCCCAUAACCAGUAACGAUGUGGAUAUGGAGGUCGACCACUUCACCAACGGAGUGACAGAAUCGUCCUCGAAUGGUUUCCUCAACGGCAGCUCUAAACACACCGCUGAGCCCGACGACUGUGACGCAGACAUGGCAGAGGUGGAGUCUGCUCAGUCCAAGAGGCAGCUGUGUGGCGGGAGCCAGGCGGCCAUCGAGAGAAUGAUCCAUUUCGGCAGGGAGCUCCAGAGCAUGAGCGAACACCUCCGCCGCGAGUGUGGCAAGAACUCUGCUAACAAGAAGAUGCUCAAGGAUGCAUUCAGCCUGCUGGCCUACUCAGACCCCUGGAACAGCCCAGUCGGCUACCAGCUGGACGCCAUUCAGAGAGAGCCCGUCUGCUCCACUCUCAACAGUGCAAUAUUAGAGACUCACAACCUGCCUAAGCAGCCCCCCCUGGCCCAGGCCGUAGGUCAGGCCGCCCAGUGCCUUGCCAUCAUGGCACGGACUGGCAGUGGCUCCUGCGCCUUCGCCUCUGUGGACGAUUACUUGCACUAGCCCAGUGCACACACACUCUCACACACACACACACACACACAUAUACACACACACUGACUCUGAGGACCUGUCCAGACAAUUCUCCCUCCACCUCCUCCAUCAGUGUAGUCAUAUUAGCUGAGGAGGCGCUCCUCUGCACGAUAACAAGUAGUAGAACGUGAACCAUCUCACUCGCUUCUUGUUCUGCUUUUACCAGCACAAACACCACGAGGACCAGGAGAUGUUUCUGGGCAGAUCUUUAGAGUGCCAACACACACCACUUACAUUUAAAACACAGGCAAACACACACACACCACCACCUCCCUUUCCAUCAUAAAUAUGAAAUCACGCCUCCACCUUGGUUGG